AUGUCACAAGUCCCCGUUUACGUCUCAGGCUAUACCAACGAAAAAUCAACAGGUAUUUACCUUUACACCUUUGAUACGACAACUGGGGCUCUAUCACUCGAAACCUUGGCUGCCGAGAGCGCGAACCCGUCUUGGUUCUGCUUUCACAAAUCUGGACAACAUCUUUAUGCAACUAAUGAAGUAGCGUCAUUCAAUAAUGCCAACACGGGCUACAUUUCCGCAUAUAACCGCGACCCACAAACAGGAAAAUUAACUUUGGCGAACCAACAAGUUACAAAUGGGCAACAUCCUUGUCAUGCAGUAUGUGAUUCUAUUGGUAACUUUUUAGUAGCUGCGAACUAUACCGGCGGUUCAGUUUCUGUGCUUCCUAUCAACGCACCAGGAUCACCUGAGUCGAAUCUAGGUAACAUUAUCUCUUUCUCAGACCACAACCAACACUACAACCAUACAAUGAGUGUUCCCACGCGUCAAGAAAAGGCACAUUGUCACUCAGUUGACUUUGAUCCUAUUGCAGAUCGUUAUGUUUUCGUAAAUGACUUGGGAUGUGAUUUACUUGUUACCUAUCUAUUUGAUAAGCAAUCUGGAUCGAUAUCUCCUCAUUCCACCUUCUCAUUUCCUCCCGGCACUGGGCCACGUCACCUCAAGUUUGCUCCAAAUCACAACAACUUUUGUUAUGUUGUAGGUGAAUUAUCCAAUGAUGUAUUCAUGCUUGAAUUUGAUUUUGAAGGCGGUAAAUUCAAUGAAAUUCAACGUGUGCAUGCAUUACCUCAAGAUUUUGAAGGAGAUAAUUUGGGAGCCGAGAUAGACAUUUCACCUAAUGGCAAGUUCUUGUAUGUGUCGAUGAGAGGAUAUGAUGCGAUUACUAUAUUUGAGAUCAAUGAAUGGACAGGUAAACUCUCCUUGGUAGGUUAUCAGCCUACUGGAGGAUAG